AUGCGAUCACGUGCCGGAUUUCAAUACGAAACCGCUACGAGGGUGGUGAUAUAUCAGUGUUUCGUCUGCUGUAGCCGCAAACUGAAGUUCGCCUACGGCACCAGCCGGCUCGAGGCCACAAACUCUCCUACCCACGUUUUCAACGCCGCUGACGUCACCGGCCGGCCCAACGUCGACUGGUGCGGGAGUCAUCGCGUGGAGACCAUCCGAGUCAACGUCGUCGGCACUCUCACUCUCGCCGAGGGCUGCCGAGAGCGCGGCUUGAUUCUCAUCAACUAUGCCACCGGGUGCAUCUUUGAGUACGACGACGAGCACCCUCUCGGCUCCGGCGUCGGCUUCGUCGAGGAGGGCACGCCCAACUUCGUCGGUUCCUUUUACUGCAAGACGAAGGCCAUGGGAACCGACGCGAGUGGUUGUCGGAUCUUGGGAGGGAGAAUUUUGCCGGAGAACCUCUGCACCGUGGGCGGCAAUCGCUUCAACCGGAGGAUAGCCAUUUCUGAACCUUACUCUUUUAUUUACCUGUUCAUUGCAUGCUUGCUACUUUGGUACAAAUAUAUUGCUGUGUUAGUGCUCUCAAUUCUACAACAACACAUCAUAUUCUACCAAUUACCAAAGAUCCUACCUGAAGCAGCUAAGCAUUUGAUUGGAGACUUGCUGGUCAUGUCCAAACCACAAGUAUUGACUCUUCUACCCUGUCAGUAUUAUAGAUAACUGAAAAUUCGGUAUAUUAUGUAGAGAUUCAUGGAGGAAAAAAUUAUAUUUA